AGUCAAUCUAGCUCCAUCUGAAAGCGAACAUGUCGAGAGCCGAGUCCGACCAGCUUGAGCCCCAUCGAAGACUGUGAUUCCUCUCGUAGGAGGACGCUGGCCAGGUUUACUCGCCCCGGUGAGCCCCAGAUGUCUCCACCCACGCAUUCCAGAUAGCCGAGCGCCAUGUCUGAAGACUAUUAUGCAGCCAGCACAUCUCGAGGGGAAUCGACCGGCGACCACUAUCGAAGCGAGGAACAGCGCGCCGCGUCAGGAAUUCUUCCAUCAGAACGAGAACUCUCUCCUGAACAUCCAGGUUAUUACGAAGUAGAAGGAGAAAUCAUCAAUGAAGCGGAUUCGGAAGCCUCCCUGCGAGAUGAUGGUGACGACGGCGACGCUCAAGAAAUCCCCAACUCAUGGCUCCGAAAACCAAUACUGUCCUUGAGUCAAAGGGAGAAGGCCGACAUAUGCAGGUAUAAGAACAUGAAACCUGAGACGAGCCUGCGGCAAAUGUCCGAGCAUUUCACUCGACUGUGGAACAAAAUCGUGUGCCGACGUUCGAUUUACGACGUGCUCAUCCAGAACGCCAAAUGGACAUGCACCGAGAACAGGGCAUACCAGGACACCGAGUUCACGUCCGAGAAUCCCGUGGACGACAUUGAGAGUUUGCUCUUCGAUUGGAUCAUCGAUAUUCUGAGGGCUGAAGCUCGGGUCUGGGACGAGGACGUGCGGCAUGCCGCUGCUGUGAUAAGGGAUAUCAGAUCGCUGAAAGAUUUCGUGCCAUCAUCGGUCUGGUCGAAUGGUUUCAAAUCCAGACACAAACUCGAGACGGAUCCGAAUGAUGGGAGCAUCCUCUUCAACGCACUCGACGAACGUGAAGAUCACCCCGUAUUUGAGGAGAAACGUCAAAUUCGAAUAGACAUCGGAGAAGGCUUAUCGUACGAAAUAGAGGUGGGCGUGAAAACAACUUUCGAUGCUCAGAGAGAACAAAUCCCGCCGCAAUCACAAUUCGGCGUGGAGCCUUCGGCUCGUCGAGGUGGGCCGAACAUCCCGCCAAAUCGAAUGACCGACAGUGAAAUACUCAGAUUCAGCGACAGUGAUGACGAGGAAGAGGCUUGCGAGGGUUAUGGAUUCGAAAUGGCGCCCCGGGAUCUCGGCUUGGAAGCGUUGCUUGGCUCGGCGUGCAGUUCCUCUCUGCAUGACAUCCUGAGGCAUCUGAUCUACGGUCCGAUCGUCAUGUCGGAGAAGGCGGAAGAGAUGAUGACGGCCGCCACCGAAGUUGCGCUGGAUGCGGAGAUGUCUGGCGGAGUCUCUACUGGGAUCAGCAGAGAACGCUGCGAGAGACGAGCCAAGCUAACUGCCGAUCUUGUUGACCGAGUCCUUGAGGCUAAAAGACGCCGCGAUGAAGCGGAGAGGGCGAUGUUCCAAGAGAAGAAACUCAGGGAUUCCACCGCGUUCAAAGUCGCGGAAGAGAAACGCAAAAGGUAUAUCGAGAGACGUGAGCUCCAUAUGGUGCAGAAGAAAAUUCUCGAAACGGAGGAGAGACUCUGUACUGAUCAACAACGCAACGAACUCAUCCGAAGGGAACUUCUCCUAUCAGAAGACCCGUCUGCCGCAGCGGGAACAUACUGUGAUUAUAGAGAAAGCAGUCGUGGUCUUUCAGCGAAGCGUCUGAGGACGUAUAGCAGAGCCGAUAAAUCGAGUUUUCCCACCUGA